AUGGGGGUUAUGUCCAGACGGGUUUUACCCGCCUGUGGUAACCUCUGUUUCUUCUGCCCUUCCUUGCGUCCCAGGUCUAGGCAUCCUGUUAAACGUUACAAGAAGAUGCUUGCUGAGAUCUUCCCUCGUAAUCAGGAUGCUGAGCCAAAUGAUAGAAAAAUUGGCAAGCUUUGUGAGUAUGCGUCAAGGAACCCUUUACGAAUCCCAAAGAUUACAGAGUACCUUGAGCAAAAAUGCUACAAAGAAUUGAGAAAUGGAAAUAUCGGAUCAGUUAAAGUCGUCUUGUGCAUUUACAAGAAGUUGCUUUCAUCAUGUAAGGAGCAGAUGCCUCUAUUUUCAUGUAGUUUGCUAACCGUUGUCCGAACUCUUUUGGAGCAAACAAGGGAUGAAGAAGUGCAGAUCUUGGGUUGCAAUACCCUUGUUGACUUUAUAAGCUUACAGACUGAGAAUUCGCACAUGUUCAACUUAGAAGGUCUAAUCCAUAAGCUUUGUCAACUUGCUGAAGAAAUGGGGGAUGAUGAAAGAUCACUCGGACUACGGUCAGCUGGGAUGCAGGCUUUGGCAUUCAUGGUAUCUUUUAUUGGUGAGCAUUCCCAACUAUCAAUGGACUUGGAUAUGAUUAUUUCUGUGAUUCUGGAGAAUUAUAUGGACUUGGAGAAAGGCCAAGAAGAUACCAACAUGAGUAAAAUGGUUUCUUUCAAAUCUAAUCCUGUGACUGACUAUAAGUUGGAAAACAUGGACAUUUCGAAGAGCCCUUCAUACUGGUCGAUGGUUUGCCUUUGCAAUAUAGCCAAAUUAGCAAAGGAAACUACAACUAUUCGUCGUGUUCUGGAACCGCUUUUGAAUGCUUUUGACAGUGGGAAUUACUGGUCUCCAGAGAAGGGCGUUGCCUCUUCUGUUUUAUUGUUUCUACAGUCUCGUCUGGAAGAAUCAGGAGAAAAUUGUCAUGUGCUGGUAUCUUCUCUGAUCAAGCACUUGGAUCAUAAGAAUGUAGUGAAGCAACAAGGAAUGCAAGUUAACAUGGUUAAUGUAGCUACAUGCCUUGCGCUACAUGCUAAGCAGCAAGCUUCAGGAGCCAUGACUGCUGUAAUAGCUGAGUUGAUUAAGCACUUGAGGAAAUGCCUGCAAAAUGCAGCUGAGUCAAAUCUGUCUGCUGAUGAAUCGAAGCAGAACUCUGACCUGCAGCAUGCGUUAGAAAACUGCAUCGCUGAGCUCUCAAAAAAGGUUGGGGAUGCAGGGCCCAUCCUUGACAUGUUGGCGGUGGUUCUUGAGAUGAUAUCCAUUAAUGUACUAGUUGCUAGGACCACAGCAUCAGCCAUUCUCCAUGCUGCACAUAUAAUAUCGGUGGUCCCAAAUGUCUCUUACCACAAGAAAGUAUUUCCGGAUGCUUUGUUCCACCAACUGCUCCUUGCGAUGUCCCACACAGAUUAUGAAACUAGAGUUGAGACACACAGUAUAUUCUCAGUUCUGCUUCUUAGAACUCUUCUUUUACCUUGGUCAGACCAACAUAAGGAAACCUCAUUUGAUGGAAGUAAAACAGCAAGGAGCCAGAGUAUCAGUUUACAGGAGGAAGAGGGAGAUAAAGUUGAGGAAUCCUUAGACAAUGAUCUGCGUAAAGAUGUAAUCCACAUAUCUCAUCCAAGUCUUAGUUGUCAGUCAUUGGAUAGCUUAAAGGAUGGUGGUAUAAAGUCGUUAUGUUCACUCCGACUGAGUAGUCACCAAGUAAAUAUGCUCCUUACAUCACUAUGGAUCCAAGCAACUUCUACUGAGAACACCCCUGCAAAUUUUGAGGCAAUGGCCAGCACGUUUAAUACCACUAUUUUGUUUUCACUAGCAAAGAAAUCAAAUCACAUGGCACUGGUGCGGUGUUUUCAGCUUGCGUUGUCUCUUCGGAAUCUCUCAUUGAACCAAGAUGGAGGUUGGCAACUCUCUCGUAGAAGAUCAAUCUUCACGUUUGCAUCAUAUUUGCUCAUUUUCAGUGCCAAGAUUUGCAAUAUACCUGAGCUAAUUCCAGUUGUCAAAGAAUCUUUAACUGCCCAAAUGGUUGAUCCUUAUCUUAGACUGGAAGGAGAUAUCAAACUACGUGCUGGUUGUUCUGGAUUUCCACAAGACGAAGAAGUGGUAGCAUAUGGAUCUGAUAAAGAUGACUCUGCUGCUCUCAACUUGUCAACGCUUGUGGAAAAUGAUAGUCGCCUUAAGGAAAUCGUUAUCACUCACUUUACAUCGAAAUUUCAGACAUUAUCCGAGGAGGAGCAAUCAAAUUUGAAGAAUGAAAUUGAGUCAGAUUUUUCACGAGAUGAUGCACACCUGCUUGGUGCACCGUUGUUCAUGGAUACACCAGGAUCUAGUUCUCCUCUUAACCAAAUAGAACUUCCAGCUUUUGAAGAGGUUGAGCUUUCAGAAAUAGCUGCAUUUGAAGGGAAUUCACCGGGGGCUAGUGGGAGUCACAGGACGUCCUUGUCCACAAACACUAACCCUGUAGAUGUUCUGAGUAUCAACGAGUUGCUAGAAUCGGUAUCAGAAACUGCUAGGCAAGUUGCAAGUUUCUCUGUUUCCUCCCUUCCUGUACCUUAUGACCAGAUGAUGAAUCAAUGCGAAGCUCUUGUGACGGGUAAGCAGCAAAAGAUGUCUGUGCUUCGAAGUUUCAAACUUCAAGCAGUCAAAGCUAUAACUUUCUCAGAAGAUGAUCAAAAGGAGGAACUCUUUCUUCUCAAGGAGACAGAAGAAGCUGAUGAAGAUGAUCAGAAGGCACUCACUGUGGCACAAGUCCAACCUCAAGGCCUGCUCAGAUCCUGCUCACGUGAAGUGGAACAAAACUCUUUUCGGUUACCGCCUUCAAGCCCCUACGAUAAGUUCUUGAAAGCAGCUGGAUGGAUUGAGAUUAUGGAGGAGGUAAACUGCUCCUUACCUGUCACUAAGCCCACCUCGGAUGCUUGUCCAACAGAGGACGCCAUUAGAGCUCUGUUAGAGAACUUAGUCGACCCUUUACUUCCACUUAAGCCUUCACCAAGUGAUGUUCCUUCCAAGGCUCUCCGUGAAUCUGUGGCUAAACAGGUUCAUGCCGUUGUGCUGUUGUACAAUUAUUACCACCGAAAAGAGCAUCCUCAUCUUGAAUGCUUGUCUUCUGAGUCUUUCCGUAGCUUGACUACUGUUAUAAGGCCUGCUCUCUUGCCCCAUUUUAAGGAAUCUGGAGAUGGAGUUUUGGAACAAACUGUAUUGCUAGAGAAGGUUGUAGUGGAUGCAUGCAGCUUAUCUGAUAGCUUGGGUGCGUCUUCGGAUAUUUCCAGCUUAAAGAAGUGGCCCAUAAGUAAAGUUGCAGUCUUGUUAGUUGACUCAAAGAAGACUUGUUGUUAUCUUCAACACAGUUCCAUCACACAGGGUGUGUGGUCACUACUUGAAAAACCCAUCGAAAGAGAGAUAACUUCUGCUGCUGGAGGCCAAAAUGAAGAGGCCAUCUUUCAAAAGGUUGCAUUUUCUGCUAUAGAGGAAGCCACUGGUAUUAAUCACAAAGACAUUGUGAUCUUGGAGAGGCAUUUGGUACAAUCCUUGAGUGAAGAGAAGACAACUACCCAGUUUUACAUAAUGAAAUGCAGCUCAGAAGACAAAUUUUGUGGAGAGUUCUCUGUUGAUGAAGCACUUAACUGCAUGCAAGGUCCUUUAUUUGAGAAGAGCUUCUCCGAAUGGUCUACGAAUUCUAUAGUGGAAUACUUUCAUGUUCUUCCAUAUGCCAGUCUUAUAACAGAUUGGUUUUCCAGGCGAGAAGACACGGAGUUUGUGAUAGAGAAAGAAGCAGAAGCUGUAUGUGAUGAGUUUGAAAGCAAUGGAAAGGCAGAUGAGUCUGAUAUUUUCGACACUCCUGCAAAAAGGAGUAAUGAUACUAAUGCUAGAAAAGAUGCCGGUCCACGUAGCAGUCCUAAAGUUAGAAAAAAAGUUGCUCCCAAGACGUAUUCUCGUAUAUUGAGAGGAAGAAUAGUUCCUGCAGUGGAACCCCAGGUUGAGAGAUUGAAGGCUAAGAAUGCAGAUAAUGAAAUGAGCCCUUGUAAGGAGAGCUACCCGAAUGGAGAGAGAGGUGGUUGUGAGGUUGGGUCUGGUUCAAAUUAUCAUAGAGAAAGAGAUAACCAGAGGAAGAAAGCUGUUACUGACAAACUAAAGAGCAUUCUUAGGGUUAAUGCAUCAUCUCCUGUUUCUGCUCAUGACUCUAACCUUAACCUUGAGGAGCUACAAACUACUCUUCUUUCUAAAGCAACAUCUCUAUCUGAAACUGCUUUGAAAGUUCUUCAUUGCAAACGAGAUAAGCUGACUCUUCAACAGCGAGACAUAGAAGACGAGAUUGCUGAAUGUGAUAAACGCAUCAAGAACAUCAGUGGUAUGUAUGUAUAUACUUCCCUUUUUGCCAUAGCUUUGUUUUUGCAUGAGCUUUUGAAUGCUUAUCAUGGUUGCUGUAUAGGUAAUUGGGAGCUGCAGCUAGAAACAAUACUCGAGACCUGUAACGAGACAUACUCGAGGCGCAUCAUUCAAGAAUCUCAUGACAAGUCAGCAUGUCAAAGCAACAAGAGGAUGAAGCUCUCUGAACCUACCAAAAGUAUGUGUCAGAAACUCGAUGAUAUCUGUCUUGAGAAUAACUGGGUACUCCCAAAUUAUCGUGUGUCUUCAACAGAUGGUGGGUAUGAAGCUGAAGUAAGAAUAAAGGAGACUCACUUUCCGCAUACAAUCUGUGGAGAUGAGAAGUCUGAUGCUGAGGAAGCUAGAGAAUCUGCUGCGGCUUGCUUGCUAAGUAGGUUACACCACAACACUAGACAACAGCCAUCAACUUCUCGUCAUGAUUGA